AUGUGGAGAACCCUCUUUGCGUUUACCACUGGCGACGGCUGGGGAUCGGUGGAUCUGACCUGCUGCAAGGAUUACCCCACUUCCAAGGGUUGUACCAAAUGCAAGACCUACGUCUGUAGCAGCACCAAAUCCUCCGACACCGGGUGUCACCAACUCUUCGCCUUGGACUGCGAACUCGUGUUCACCACAAUGGGUCUGGAAGUGGCUCGGGUGUCUCUGGCCAACGGAUCGAGCCAGAACGACGCUCUGGUCCAGCCCGAGCACGAGAUCAUCGACUUCAACACGCGCUUCUCCGGAGUCUCUUUCCCCUACGAACACGGACUCACGUGCCGCAGGUCUUUGAAAAGUGUUGCCCAAGAAUACCUUGGGAAACAUAUUCAAUCCAGUGCUACAGGUCAUGACUCCAUGGAGGACGCAACGGCCGCCCUGAGGUUGGUGCUGAAGAGAAUAAGGAUGGACCGCGAUGCCUCAGAUCCUCCGAAGUACCCCGCUGGCAAGUCCUCAUCCAAAAUCUGA